CUGCUGUCAGCAUUCCCCUAGAACAUUUCUUCACCGCCGCCCCAGCAGCGCCUUUCGUUGUCUACAGCUGAAUCCGGUUUGCAGCUCUCCAGGAUUCACAGAACCAGACUCAUCCCACCCCCAUCAGCAACACCAGCAUGAGGUUAUGCAAUGGUCUCUGCAAGAUGGUUUAUUCUUAAAUUGGAGCUUUUUAAGACUGACAAAUGCUGGUACUUCAUCUUCUAUAAGUGGACUAUAAUUUCUUUUCUCAAGACAACUACAUAAGCAGACAAAAUUGCAAAGAUCUGCCCUGUGUCGAGUAUGACAGCCACGACUCGUGGCUCUCCAGUAGGAGGGAAUGACAGCCAGGGCCAGGCUCCUGAUGGACAGUCUCAGCCCCCCCUCCAACAGAAUCAGACUUCAUCGCCUGAUUCUUCCAAUGAAAAUUCCCCGGCAACUCCCCCAGAUGAACAAGGUCAAGGUGAUGCCCCACCACAGCUUGAAGAUGAGGAACCUGCAUUUCCACAUACUGACCUGGCAAAGUUGGAUGACAUGAUCAAUAGGCCUCGAUGGGUGGUUCCAGUUUUGCCAAAAGGGGAAUUAGAAGUGCUUUUAGAAGCUGCUAUUGAUCUUAGUAAAAAAGGCCUUGAUGUUAAAAGUGAAGCAUGCCAGCGAUUUUUCCGAGAUGGGCUAACAAUAUCAUUCACUAAAAUCCUUACAGAUGAGGCAGUAAGUGGCUGGAAGUUCGAAAUUCAUAGGUGUAUUAUCAACAAUACUCAUCGCCUGGUGGAGCUAUGUGUGGCCAAGUUGUCCCAAGACUGGUUUCCACUUCUAGAACUUCUCUCCAUGGCCUUAAAUCCUCAUUGCAAAUUCCAUAUCUACAAUGGUACACGUCCGUGUGAAUCCGUUUCGUCAAGUGUUCAAUUGCCUGAAGAUGAACUCUUCGCUCGUUCUCCAGACCCUCGAUCACCAAAAGGUUGGCUGGUGGAUCUUCUCAACAAGUUCGGCACUUUAAAUGGGUUCCAGAUUUUGCAUGAUCGUUUUAUUAAUGGAUCAGCAUUAAAUGUUCAAAUAAUUGCAGCCCUUAUUAAACCAUUUGGGCAAUGCUAUGAGUUUCUCACUCUUCAUACAGUGAAAAAGUACUUUCUUCCAGUAAUAGAAAUGGUUCCACAGUUUUUAGAAAACUUAACUGAUGAAGAGCUGAAAAAAGAAGCAAAGAAUGAAGCCAAAAAUGAUGCUCUUUCAAUGAUUAUUAAAUCUUUGAAGAAUUUAGCUUCAAGGGUUCCAGGGCAAGAAGAAACUGUAAAAAAUUUAGAAAUAUUUAGGUUAAAAAUGAUACUUAGAUUACUGCAAAUUUCGUCUUUCAAUGGAAAGAUGAAUGCACUGAAUGAGGUUAAUAAGGUGAUAUCUAGUGUGUCUUACUAUACUCACCGGCAUGGUAACCCCGAGGAGGAAGAGUGGCUUACAGCUGAACGAAUGGCAGAAUGGAUACAGCAGAACAAUAUCUUAUCCAUAGUAUUGCGAGAUAGUCUGCAUCAACCACAGUAUGUAGAAAAGCUAGAGAAGAUUCUUCGUUUUGUCAUCAAAGAAAAAGCUCUGACUUUACAAGAUCUUGAUAAUAUCUGGGCAGCACAGGCAGGGAAGCAUGAAGCCAUUGUGAAGAAUGUACAUGAUCUACUGGCAAAGUUAGCGUGGGAUUUUUCUCCUGAACAACUUGAUCAUCUUUUUGAUUGCUUUAAGGCCAGUUGGACAAAUGCAAGUAAAAAGCAGCGUGAAAAGCUACUUGAGCUGAUACGUCGCCUCGCAGAAGAUGAUAAAGAUGGUGUAAUGGCACACAAAGUGUUGAACCUACUGUGGAAUCUGGCCCACAGUGAUGAUGUACCUGUAGACAUCAUGGACCUGGCUCUCAGUGCCCACAUAAAAAUACUAGAUUAUAGUUGCUCACAGGACCGUGACACACAGAAGAUCCAGUGGAUAGAUCGUUUUAUAGAAGAACUUCGUACAAAUGACAAAUGGGUAAUUCCUGCACUGAAACAAAUUAGAGAAAUUUGUAGUUUGUUUGGUGAAGCCCCUCAAAAUUUGAGUCAAACUCAGCGAAGUCCCCAUGUAUUUUAUCGCCAUGACUUAAUCAAUCAACUUCAGCACAAUCAUGCCCUAGUUACUUUGGUAGCAGAAAACCUUGCAACUUACAUGGAAAGCAUGAGGCUAUAUGCUAGAGAUCAUGAAGACUAUGACCCCCAAACUGUGAGGCUGGGAAGUAGAUAUAGUCAUGUUCAAGAAGUCCAAGAACGGCUUAACUUCCUUAGAUUUUUAUUGAAGGAUGGCCAACUGUGGCUAUGUGCUCCUCAGGCAAAACAAAUAUGGAAAUGCUUAGCAGAGAAUGCAGUUUACCUUUGUGAUCGUGAAGCCUGCUUUAAGUGGUAUUCCAAGUUGAUGGGGGAUGAACCAGACUUGGAUCCUGAUAUUAAUAAAGACUUCUUUGAAAGUAAUGUGCUUCAGCUUGAUCCUUCCCUAUUAACUGAGAAUGGAAUGAAAUGUUUUGAGCGAUUCUUCAAAGCUGUGAAUUGUCGAGAAGGAAAACUAGUAGCAAAAAGGAGAGCAUAUAUGAUGGAUGAUUUGGAGUUAAUAGGAUUAGACUACCUUUGGAGGGUCGUGAUUCAAAGUAAUGACGAUAUUGCCAGCAGAGCUAUAGAUCUCCUUAAAGAGAUAUAUACAAACCUUGGUCCCAGGCUACAGGUCAAUCAGGUGGUAAUCCAUGAAGACUUCAUUCAGUCUUGCUUUGAUCGUUUGAAAGCCUCUUAUGACACGUUGUGUGUUUUGGAUGGUGACAAAGACAGUAUUAAUUGUGCAAGGCAGGAAGCUGUUCGAAUGGUUCGAGUAUUAACUGUGUUAAGAGAGUACAUAAAUGAAUGUGACAGUGAUUAUCACGAGGAAAGAACAAUUCUACCUAUGUCAAGAGCUUUCCGUGGUAAACACCUCUCUUUUAUAGUUCGAUUUCCAAACCAGGGCAGACAAGUUGAUGACUUGGACGUAUGGUCUCAUACAAAUGAUACGAUCGGUUCAGUAAGACGAUAUAUUCUCAAUCGUAUUAAAGCCAAUGUAGCUCAUACAAAAAUUGAGCUCUUUGUGGGCGGUGAACUGAUAGAUCCUGCAGACGACAGAAAGUUGAUUGGACAAUUAAACUUAAAAGAUAAAUCACUAAUUACAGCCAAACUUACACAAAUAAGUUCCAAUAUGCCUUCAAGCCCUGAUAGUUCUUCUGAUUCCUCAACUGGGUCUCCUGGAAACCAUGGUAAUCACUACAGUGAUGGUCCCAAUCCAGAAGUGGAAAGCUGUUUGCCUGGGGUGAUAAUGUCACUGCAUCCCAGAUACAUCUCUUUCCUUUGGCAAGUUGCAGACUUAGGUAGCAGCCUAAAUAUGCCUCCACUUAGAGAUGGAGCAAGAGUACUUAUGAAGCUUAUGCCACCAGAUAGCACAACAAUAGAAAAAUUAAGAGCUAUUUGUUUAGACCACGCCAAACUUGGAGAAAGCAGCCUUAGUCCAUCUCUUGACUCGCUUUUCUUUGGUCCUUCAGCCUCACAAGUGCUCUACCUAACAGAGGUAGUCUAUGCCUUGUUAAUGCCUGCUGGUGCACCUCUGGCUGAUGAUUCCUCUGAUUUUCAAUUUCACUUCUUGAAAAGUGGUGGCCUACCCCUUGUACUGAGCAUGCUAACCAGAAAUAACUUCCUACCAAAUGCAGAUAUGGAAACUCGAAGGGGUGCUUACCUCAAUGCUCUUAAAAUAGCCAAACUGUUGCUAACUGCCAUUGGCUAUGGCCAUGUUCGAGCUGUAGCAGAAGCUUGUCAGCCAGGUGUAGAAGGCGUGAAUCCCAUGACAUCGGUCAACCAAGUUACUCAUGAUCAAGCCGUGGUGCUACAAAGUGCCCUUCAGAGCAUUCCUAAUCCAUCAUCAGAAUGCAUGCUUAGAAAUGUGUCCAUUCGUCUUGCUCAGCAAAUAUCUGAUGAGGCUUCAAGAUACAUGCCUGAUAUCUGUGUAAUUAGAGCUAUUCAAAAAAUCAUCUGGGCAUCAGGAUGUGGGGCAUUACAGCUAGUAUUUAGCCCAAAUGAAGAAAUCACUAAAAUUUAUGAGAAGACCAAUGCAGGCAGUGAGCCAGACUUGGAAGAUGAACAGGUUUGCUGUGAAGCACUGGAAGUGAUGACGUUAUGUUUUGCCUUGAUUCCGACAGCCUUGGAUGCUCUUAGUAAAGAAAAGGCUUGGCAGACAUUCAUUAUUGACUUACUGUUGCACUGUCACAGCAAAACUGUUCGCCAGGUGGCACAGGAGCAGUUCUUUUUAAUGUGCACCAGAUGUUGCAUGGGACACAGGCCUCUACUUUUCUUCAUUACUCUGCUCUUUACCGUGUUGGGGAGCACAGCCAGAGAGAGAGCUAAACAUUCAGGCGACUACUUCACCCUCUUAAGACACCUUCUUAAUUACGCUUACAAUAGUAAUAUUAACAUACCCAAUGCUGAAGUUCUUCUCAAUAAUGAAAUUGAUUGGCUUAAAAGAAUUAGGGAUGAUGUUAAAAGAACAGGUGAAACAGGUGUGGAAGAGACGAUCUUAGAAGGCCACCUUGGGGUAACAAAAGAAUUACUGGCCUUUCAAACCCCUGAGAAAAAGUAUCAUAUUGGUUGUGAAAAAGGAGGUGCUAAUCUCAUUAAAGAAUUAAUUGAUGAUUUCAUCUUCCCUGCAUCCAAUGUUUACCUGCAAUAUAUGAGAAACGGAGAGCUGCCUGCUGAACAGGCAAUUCCAGUCUGUAGCUCCCCAGCUACCAUUAACGCUGGUUUUGAGUUACUUGUAGCAUUAGCUGUUGGCUGUGUGAGGAAUCUCAAACAGAUAGUAGAUUCUUUGACUGAAAUGUAUUAUAUUGGCACAGCAAUAACUACUUGUGAAGCACUUACAGAAUGGGAAUAUCUGCCACCUGUUGGACCCCGCCCACCUAAAGGAUUUGUGGGGCUGAAAAAUGCUGGUGCUACUUGUUACAUGAAUUCUGUGAUUCAGCAACUCUACAUGAUUCCCUCCAUCAGGAACGGUAUUCUUGCAAUUGAAGGCACAGGUAGUGAUGUAGAUGAUGAUAUGUCUGGGGAUGAGAAGCAGGACAAUGAGAGCAAUGUUGAUCCCAGAGAUGAUGUAUUUGGAUAUCCUCAACAAUUUGAAGAUAAACCAGCAUUAAGUAAAACAGAAGAUAGGAAAGAGUAUAAUAUUGGUGUUCUAAGGCACCUUCAAGUCAUCUUUGGUCAUUUAGCUGCUUCUCGACUACAAUACUAUGUGCCCAGAGGAUUUUGGAAACAGUUCAGGCUUUGGGGUGAGCCCGUUAAUCUGCGUGAACAGCAUGAUGCUUUAGAGUUUUUUAAUUCAUUGGUGGAUAGUUUAGAUGAAGCUUUGAAAGCCUUGGGACAUCCAGCUAUGCUAAGUAAAGUCUUAGGAGGUUCCUUUGCUGAUCAGAAGAUUUGCCAGGGCUGCCCACAUAGAUAUGAGUGUGAAGAAUCUUUUACGACUUUGAAUGUAGACAUUAGAAAUCACCAAAAUCUUCUUGAUUCUUUGGAACAGUACGUCAAAGGAGAUUUAUUAGAAGGUGCAAAUGCGUAUCAUUGUGAAAAAUGCAAUAAAAAGGUUGAUACCGUAAAGCGCUUGCUAAUUAAAAAAUUACCUCCCGUUCUUGCUAUCCAACUGAAACGAUUCGACUAUGACUGGGAAAGAGAAUGUGCAAUCAAAUUCAAUGAUUAUUUUGAAUUUCCUCGAGAGCUGGACAUGGAACCUUACACAGUCGCAGGUGUUGCAAAGCUGGAAGGAGAUAAUGUAAACCCAGAAAGUCAGUUGAUACAGCAGAAUGAGCAGUCUGAAAGUGAGACGGCAGAAAGCACGAAAUACAGACUUGUGGGUGUGCUGGUACACAGUGGCCAAGCAAGUGGGGGGCAUUAUUAUUCUUACAUCAUUCAGAGGAAUGGUGGAGAUGGUGAGAGAAAUCGCUGGUAUAAAUUUGAUGAUGGAGAUGUAACAGAGUGUAAAAUGGAUGACGAUGAAGAAAUGAAAAACCAGUGUUUUGGCGGAGAGUACAUGGGAGAGGUAUUUGAUCACAUGAUGAAGCGCAUGUCAUACAGGCGCCAGAAAAGGUGGUGGAAUGCUUACAUACUUUUUUACGAACGACUGGAUACCAUAGACCAGGGUGAUGAGUUGAUAAGAUACAUUUCUGAGCUUGCUAUCACCACAAGACCCCAUCAGAUUAUUAUGCCAUCAGCCAUUGAGAGAAGUGUACGGAAGCAGAAUGUGCAAUUCAUGCAUAACCGAAUGCAGUACAGUCUGGAGUAUUUCCAGUUCAUGAAAAAACUGCUUACAUGUAACGGUGUUUACUUAAAUCCUCCGCCAGGGCAAGAUCACCUGUUGCCUGAAGCAGAAGAAAUCACUAUGAUUAGUAUUCAGCUUGCUGCUAGGUUCCUUUUUACCACAGGAUUUCACACCAAGAAAAUCGUCCGUGGCUCUGCCAGUGAUUGGUAUGAUGCAUUGUGUAUUCUCCUUCGUCACAGCAAGAAUGUCCGUUUUUGGUUUGCUCACAAUGUCCUUUUUAAUGUUUCAAAUCGCUUUUCUGAAUACCUUCUGGAGUGCCCCAGUGCAGAAGUAAGGGGUGCAUUUGCAAAACUUAUAGUUUUUAUUGCACAUUUUUCCUUGCAAGAUGGGCCAUGUCCUUCACCUUUUGCAUCUCCCGGACCUUCUAGUCAGGCUUAUGACAACUUAAGCCUAAGCGAUCACCUACUACGGGCAGUUCUCAAUCUCUUGAGAAGGGAAGUUUCAGAGCAUGGGCGUCAUUUGCAGCAGUAUUUCAAUCUGUUCGUAAUGUAUGCCAAUUUAGGUAAGAAUUUAAAUUGUUAUAAUUCUGUUUUAAUGAAAAGCAUACAGUGUGAGACAGUAGCCUGGUGUGGGAACUUUGAGGAGCAACCAUUUUUCAAAGAGGAAGGAAAACUCAGAAAUGAGACCAAGGAGAAGAGGUUGAAAGAAAGGAAGAGAGGAAUCCAAGAAGGAAAAUUUUAUAUUUGGCUCUUUUUCAGAAUUCAUAACGCACUUAAAGGAAUCCCAGAUGACCGAGAUGGGCUGUUUGACACAAUCCAGCGCUCUAAGAAUCACUAUCAAAAAAGAGCAUAUCAGUGUAUAAAAUGUAUGGUAGCUCUUUUUAGCAAUUGUCCUGUUGCUUACCAGAUUCUGCAGGGCAACGGAGAUCUUAAAAGAAAGUGGACCUGGGCAGUGGAAUGGCUUGGAGAUGAACUUGAAAGACGACCAUACACUGGCAACCCUCAAUACACUUACAACAACUGGUCUCCCCCAGUGCAGAGCAAUGAAACAUCAAAUGGUUAUUUCUUGGAGAGAUCACAUAGUGCUAGGAUGACACUUGCAAAAGCUUGUGAACUCUGUCCAGAGGAGGAGCCAGAUGACCAAGAUGCCCCAGAUGAGCAUGAGUCACCUCCACCUGAAGAUGCCCCAUUAUACCCCCAUUCACCUGGAUCUCAGUAUCAACAGAAUAACCAUGUGCAUGGACAGCCAUAUACAGGCCCAGCAGCACAUCACAUGAACAACCCUCAGAGAACUGGCCAACGAGCACAAGAAAAUUAUGAAGGCAGUGAAGAAGUAUCCCCACCUCAGACGAAGGAUCAGUGAAAUGCACAUAAUUAACUGGUUCCAUCAAGACUGUGCACCCAGGCCUUACAGUCCAACCUUUUUCUGUGUCUGGCUAAUAACUUAAAACUAGAAAAACUAUUCCUAAUCAACAUGGAGUGGAGAGUUUAUUCACUGUCUUAUCUGCAGAAAUUUGCUGUCAAUAUAUAACCCGCCUGCAGUGGAAAGUGUAUAGUGUUUUGUAAUAAAUGGCCUGAUGCUAAUGUGUAAAUGGCAAAGGUGUAUAUAGUAUAUUAAUGUUUGACUGUUAAUUCUUAAGCAAGAAACUUUUCUUGAGGAGACUCACAGAUCUACAAAAACUACAAAAGUUAAUUUUCUUGUUCUACCCACUGCACUCUGCAACCAGUGUUGCCUGCCUCAUGGCAGUUGGAUCUACUCCUUUACAAAAACAAAAAAAAAUAAACCAACAGCAACAAAACAGAGCCCAUCCAUGUCAACCACACCAAUAGUUUCAUGUUAAUUCUUUGCCACUGGAGUCAGUUUUACUAUGAGCAAUGAUGUAAGGCUGGUAACCUUUAAAUUAUUUGGUUGAUGUGGACAAUUGGUGAUGUAACAUUGUUUCUAGAUCUUUUUCAUUGCCUUUUUAAUUCUGAUAUUAGGUUAAUCACUUUGAAGCUAUAGUUAUGCUGUAACAUUUAGCAUGGCUUCACACCAGGUUAGUGUAGCCAAUGAGGAACAAAAUUACCAUAAUGACAGCAGUUGUCCCGGUGUGACAGCUGAUUUGCUCAGAGCUUUUCCUUCUUACACCUAGAAUAUAAAUAUAAAACAAGGGGAGAAAUGUGAUAUGAUAAACAGGCGGUUUUCAGUUACACACAUGUUGUUUAUGUCUAAUGUUUGACAGUUUGAUCUCUGGGUGGGAUAAAGAAAUUUAAGUAUCAGUAAUGGGAAUUUUUAAAGAUUUAAAACAAAUAUGCAAAAAUUUGCUAUGCCAGGAUGCUUGGAGCAUAAUAGAAGACUGUAUUUGGUGUGCUUGUUUUGUUUCUUUGGUAGAGCUUAUUAGGUGAAUCUUCUAAAACUUUCCUUCUGCUGGACCCCAGUGAAGUGGAAGUCACCAGAAUCCCACAAUACUUGGAGCGCCACUGCACCAAGAUGUCUAGCUGAGUUUCUGCUCAGGCACAGUUUUACUUGAAAGCAAGAAUUGUCCUAGCUCCUUUUCCAUUAUUCCAAAACUUUGAAUGUUCGAAGCAGGGUCUUGAUUAAAAAGGAAACUACUGGUUAGUUAAUCUAAUUGAGGUAUCAUAAUUUCAGUAUAAACAUUUAAUUAAAGAUAAGGAACUCAUCAGUUAAUACUGUACUUAAAAGAGAAUUGGUAACUUGAAUGUGUGUAAUUUUUGGAACCUGUCUAAAAACCAAAUACCCCUGCAGAUACAGUCCACCCUAUUCUAUUUAAAUAUUUUGCUGUUUUAUUUUAUAGAAAUUAUUUUGCUGAAUUCACAAAUAGAAUUUGAUUUAUGAAGAACUUUUUGUCCUGUGGUGUGUUUUUGGUUUUGUUUUUGGGUUGGUUUUUGGUUUUUUGGUUUUUUUUUUUUCCUUUUUUUUUUUUUUUCCUUUUUUUGUCCUUUUUUUUUUGAGGACUGCAUAAUAAAAUUCUGUGCAUAGCGUGCUUAGGCAUGACACUGAAUUCAGGAGUUCAGUCACAUCGAGUUUUUGUGCACAGAAAGAUUUGACCUUUGGCCCUUGACUAAAGAUUUAGAGAAAACAGGAUGUUGACACUGUAAAAGUUUCCUAACAUAAUCAAUCUUGUACUUUUUGUAUGUUUUUUAUAUACAUGUAUAUUUAAUGAGCACAAGCUUGGUUGUAUUUUUUACAAUUUAGUUAAAUAGGAAAAUGUUUUGUCAAAGGCUAUAGUUGGAACUGAACAAAGCAGAAACAAAAUUGAGAAUUGCUUUAUUUUGUGAUUAAAAGGGGCAGGUAUUUAAGAUAAAGCUUUGGGUAUCUUAUUUGCAGUACUCUAUAGUCCCAUCUGUGCUUCUAGGUUUUCUGUAAUAUUAGGAAAUUUUGACACCAGACAGAUCCUGUUUUUACCUUAAGUAUAUUACAUCUGAGUUUAAGUUUGAGCAAAAGUCCUACACACUUCGCAAUUCCAGUUGGUAGUUUUAAUUUGAAAGUUCCUCAAUUCCAGGCCUCUUUAGCAAUGAGCAAAAUAGGUUGACUUUAUUUGGACAAUUUGCUAUCCUUAAAUACACCUUCUCACCAGAUGAGGAGAGGUGGUUUUUGUAUUUCCCGCUCCUUAACAAAGUAUGUGAUAUACUUAAUUUAAAAACUUUAAUGACUUCCUAGACAUGAAAAACUUGACAUUUGAAAAGGCUGUGAAUUUUUCUCCUUGGAGGGCGAUCCCAUCUUGGUUGCUUUGAAUUGACAAUUCCCCUUGUGCCAGGUGAGGGCUUGUGAAUCCUUUUCCCUCCAUUUGUGGAAGAGCUUCUGUGUUGUCCCCAGGAUCAAGGGAAAGUGAACAGGGAGGUUUAUUUUUGUUUGUGUGAAUUGUUUUCUCUAUUUAACUUCUUAAGCAAGCAUUAACAUAUAAGCGGAAAUUUUAAGGCGCAUGUUAUUGUAAGAGCAACGUGGUGGUGUUGAGGUUUUUUUCUGAACAUCAAUGGCACAUUUUAAACUUCCAAGUCUUCAAGGUGCCUAUCUUUAAUUCUCCCUCAACUGAUUUCUUGAGCCAUAUAUAUAAUUCGUACUUUAAAUGUUUGUUUCAGAAUCACUAGUCUUCCUUUCAAAGAAGUACCCCCCCAGGAUUCUAAAUGGCAUGAUAACUUCAUAGAAGACCAUAGAAUCUGUUAACAUAAAGACUAAAGCUAUUUUCAUCGUUAAUCUGUGAACAAGGGCUUUGCCCUGUUGGAUCGAAGUAUUUCCGUGCACAACUUCGUAAAAACCGUAUCGCUGCUGUUUCUAAGCCCUCCACCAACCAAAUUUUCAUGCUCAGCAUUGUAGAGGCAGAAGUAACAUAAUUUCACAACCUUGUGUCUUUUAGCUGUUAUAUACAAAUUUAGAAUUAUUAAAAUGUUUUAUUUUUUUCAUGAUUAACUUUUAUUAGUGAAUGAUAACUUAUUUAAUCCUAGUAGUGGUUAAAAAGAAGAAGAGCCUUUUUUACUGAAAUUACGUUUGUAAAUGAAAGCAAUAGUCUGUGAACUUUCUGAUGACUACUCCAACAAAAUGGUUCCUUUUACUUUUUCUUGGUAUUUUUCCAGCUUCUGUUCUCCCAUGAACUCUUACUUUGCUGAAUUUUGUGGUUAAUUUGGUGGAUAUAUCCUGCCUUAUUUAGAAUUCUAACUAACUGGAUAAGAAAAUUGCCUUUUCCUUGUAAGAAGUGCCCAACUUUGUCUGUCUCUAGCUGGAAGGUACUACAUACUGCAGAGAAAGGAAAACAACCUCCUUCCCGCCCCGCCCCGCCCCACCCCACCCCGUUUUUUGUGUUACUAAGGAAAAAAAAAAAAGUAGUACUGGUUUUCUAGUGGUGCUCAACUAAAAUUGGUCCUGCACCUACAUGAGUGUUUAGUGUUUGAAAAUAAGGUUUUGGGUGUGAUACAUCACUACAAAAAGUGCUAAAUGUAUUAAGAACUUGCUGCCGACUGUAUUUAUAACAAUUAUUUUACAUUUGCAGAAAUGUAGCACUUUUCCUCCAAAUUCAUAGGUGUAAGAAAAAGGGGAAAGGUGCACCAUGUUUUAAACUUGCAAAUGAGUGAUUUUUUUUUUUUUUUUGAAAUCCAGAUUCCCCAAAGGAAAUUCAGCACCCAGAUCACACACUUCUCAGCCUUUUACAAGCCAACAGACUGAAGAUUGUCCACAGUUCCUAAGAUUUAGCACAUAUACAAAAAUAAAACUUUAUAAAUUAA